AUGGUGACUGCUGAUAUGAUUGCCCAAUAUUUUGAAGCAACUAUCAAGGAUCAUCCUAAGAUAAAGCUGAGGGAAAUUCAAAGAAGAUGUGCUUCUGAGAUGCAUGUAAAUGUGACCAUUAACUGUUGUUAUAGAGCGAAGAAAAUAGUGAAUGAGAAAAUGGCUGGGAAUCAUAAGGAGGAAUUUGGCUUGCUAUGGGACUAUGCUCAUGAGUUAAGGUCAAAGAUGCCAGGAAGCAUAAUAAAAAUGGCUGUUCAUAGGGUGACAGCAAACUCCCUUCCACAUUUUAAGAGGUAUUAUGUGUGCUUUGAUGCACUAAAGAGAGGCUGGAAAGCGGGGUGUAGGCCACUCAUUGGGCUAGAUGGUUGCUUCCUAAAAGGCCUAUUUAAGAGUGAAUUUCUCACAGCUGUUGGAAGAGACGCAAACAACCAAAUGUUCCCUAUUGCAUGGGCUGUGAUUGAAGUGGAGUGCACUGAUUCAUGGGGUUGGUUUCUCAGUCUUCUAUCAACUGAUUUGGGCUUGGAAGAUGGGUAUGGGUACACAAUUAUCAGCCUUGAGAUUGCAAUUUCUGACAUACUAUCAAGGGUGGAGCAUAAGAAUUGUGCGAGGCACGUGUUUGCAAAUUGGUUAGGGAGGAAGUUAGGGAAAUCUUAUGAGUGUGAUUUCUGGCAGAUUGUGAAGUGCACGACUAAAAGGGAGUGGGAGGAUCUAUGUUCAGCACUGGAGAAGAAAGAUAAUGAUGCUUACGAUAAUUUGAUGAAAAAGUCUCCAAAGAUGUGGACUAGGGCAUUUUUGGGGACAACUUGUAAAUCAGAUAUAGUUGAAAAUAAUUUGUGUGAAGCAUUCAAUCCAAGCAUUGUCAAAGCCAGGUUCAAAAGCAUUAUCAGAAUGCUUGAGGAUAUUAGGAUCAAGAUGAUGAAUAGGAUAAUACAAAAAAAGAAGUUAUGUAAUGGAUGGAAGCAAAAUUAUGGUCUAUUGGUGAAAGCUAAGUUUGAUGCCAACAAGAAGAACUGUGUAGAGUGGCAACUGAUAUGGAAUGGUGAAAAUGGAUGUGAGUUGAGGAAAGGAAGUUAUCAGUAUACAGUGGACCUAAGCCAAAGGAUAUGUAGUUGUAGAAAUUGGCAAAUUAGUGGGAUUCCAUGUUCCCAUGCAUGUGUUGCCAUGUAUCACUUAGGGCUUCAACCAGAUGAAUAUCUGCAUGAAUAUUAUCACAUAGAUACCUACAAGAAAGCUUACUCUUCUCUAAUGCAUCCCAUAAAUGGGCCACAUGAUUGA